AUGGAUGCUCACUAUCCUUUUGCCUCACGCGACGAUAUUUGGCGCGUCUUUGACGAGCUUAAAGAGCUUCACGCCACACAGUUUGAACAGGCGGAGCGCAUUGCACGGUUGGAGCGGCGGAGGGACGAAGAUGCGAGGAUGAAGAGUGUCUGGGGCCCUCUAUCACCCUUUCCGACUUCGGUUGCGGGAACAAUACCCACAGAGCCCGCUUUCCAUUCAACCGCCGACGCCUUCAAAGGAUUCGACCAGGGACAACAUCACGGUGGCGCGGUGAGCACCGUGGGCUUGGAAACGGAAUACGAGCCGAGGCGGGGGGCAUCCAGGGCCAACAGUGUUCGUUUCGAUGAGAGUGCGAUCCACGGAUAUUACGGGCAGGCCAGUCGGUCGAGCAGUGAGCUUCCGAUGAGGACCGGCAGCGGCCUGGGAGGUCACCCCCUGACGGAACCCUCACUGUCCCAUCGCUCAGAUGGGCGUCAAAGCUCAUCGGGACACUCUCAUCACUCUGCUCGCACCAACAGCCUUGGCAUGGAGGCGACUAGCAGAUUGCUUAGUUCCUCGGUCGGCGGGUCACCUCUCAUCCCACCGCCUGGGCUUUUCCUCUUGGGGCCGGUUCCAUGCAUCAUCCGGUGUUGGCUGACGGCGAACUUUUCCAACGAAUCACUUCUGUAUGCGGCUGCAUGUUCGGGGGCCUAUACGUCGACUCUUGGAUACCCACUGAUUCGAAAGCUUGGCCUGGAGGAGCUCAUCAUCCAGGAGGAAGAGACGCAUUUCAUCAAACUCCCGGUCUAUUUGCCGGAAGCCAGUCUUCACCAGGCGUCCUCCCGCCCCAGCAGUCCUGCUCCACAGCUUCCGACCUUAACCAUCCGAUUCCUGGUCCAGGAUGUCAUCCCCAACGAUCCGUCUAUCCAGAUCAUCAUCGGCAGCGACGUCCUCCGCUCCCACAACGCGGACAUCUUGUUCUCCCAAGACAAGAUCAUCAUGGUGGACGACGAGAGGAACAAGGUAUCUAUCCCUCUGGUUCGGCCAGAGGACGAUGCAGUGUUCCGAUCUCUUGGGACCUCGUCCUGCUCGUCGCGCGCUGGACGAACAGCGCAGGCGCUCCCGGCUACGGAUCAUCCCUCUGUCAACGGUCAUUCAGCCGCCGGUGUCAUUGGACAGCCCCCUAGCCGACAGUCGCGGUCUACCUCCGCCUCAGGUCGCGUCUCCUUUGAGGAGCGCGAAGACGGUGAGCAGGCGCAUUCGCUGGAAACGCCACACCCGCCAAGGAGUGAGCCUUCUCAAGAGCAGCAGCAGCAGCAGACACAGCAACCACAGCAGCAACCACAAACAGCUAAGCCGACCGAGAUGCCGCUCAGCAGUCCAGCCAAGGCGGAGCCAGCAGGAGUCUGGGGCUCAUGGAAACGUGAUUCCAGAGCGGACCCCGCGUCCUCCGCUUCCGGUCGCCCGUCGCGGGGCCGCGCCAUGAAAGUGCUGCGGCCAUCCAAGACCUCGUCUCGUACCUCCCAGUCGGCAGCUAGCACUCCCACCGGCUCCGGCCCAGAACCGGUAGGACUCUCCACAGCCUCGCAGCCAUCCUCACGGGCGUCCCCGGAAGAAGGUCACGCGGGGAAGCAGUGGUCGUCGAAUCCUAUUGGCGGGGCCUCCGCGUUCGGGUGGCUCAAUUCGACGCAGCCUUCCGGCCGGGCUGUGACGAACCCUAAGUGA